AUGGCUUAUGGGAGUGGGACAUUAGAAACCUCAAUUGCCACACCUAAUACAAAAGGUGCAGCUUUCCUUAUUGUAUGCGAUGCAAAUCUACAGCUUGAGAUCAGAGGAGAAGAUCUGUUCAUAAAAGAUUGGGAUCCUUUAUGGACUCAGUUUGCAUUUAAUAAUGGGCCUCAUAAGCCGUCAACCUCUUACUCUUUGGGCCCAAUUUUAUGUCAUCCAAGAUAUGCUACCUAUCCCCUCCCGCGUUUCCUUGCCUUCGAGAGGAGAGCUGAUAUUUCUUCAUUUAUACACUAUAAAUUGGGGCAGGAUUUAACACUAGCAAUAAUGUUAGCCAGGCCUUUUGCUAAUCAGAACGAUGCAGCAUCAAUUGAAGACACUGCACUGGCCAGGGAGAGAUGUGGCUCAGUGCGCCGAGUGUACAUAGUGUGUAACAAAGACAAGGUCACAGACGAAGACUUCCAAAGGUGGAUGAUCGAAAACAAUCCACCAGACGAGGUGAUGCUGAUUUCGGACUACGAUCACAUGGCUAUGCUUCCUAAACCCCGGGAGCUCUGCUCUUGGCUUGAAGAAAGUGCAGUGAAAUAUGAUUAG